UGUCCAUAUGUCUCGGAACAACUCAUUUUACACGCCGAGGUCGAAACCGGAAGUACAAAAUUCAUUCCGGAAGCCAACUGGCCGGCCACCAACCAAUAAAUCGAACAAGACGACAAAGUCGGUCGGAUUUCGGCUGGACCACGACUGGCAGUCGGAGAAGACGCAGGGCCAAUGCCUGAACGAGAUGUUACAGCACGAGGUUCUCGCGGAUGUGGAGUUUGUCGUCGGUGGAGGGAAAAAGACAGAGGUCAUCAAGGCACAUAAGGUCAUCCUAGCCAGUCGAAGUGCGGCGUUUUUUACCAUGUUUAUGCGAGAUGAGAGGAAGGAUUGUGGACAGAUCAUCGUAGAUGAUAUAGAACCAACUGCCUUCAAAACCAUUCUGAGGUACAUAUACACGGACCAAGCGGAAGUGACGACAAAGACGGCGACGGCAUUGCUGCAUGCGGCCCGGAAAUACCAGCUUGGCGCCCUAACGAGGCUCUGCAGCCAGAAGCUGGCGGCCGGGGUCGCCACAGAUACCGUGUGCGCGUUGCUUGAACAGGCACACCACUUCCGGGACGAAGAACUGAAGAAAACCUGCUUGAACUAUAUAUACGAGAACGCCAAUGCUGUCCUUACAUCACCAGAGUUCGAGAAAAUUUGUGACCGUUGCCUAGCCACUGUGUUGGCUGCAGACGAACUGCGAGCAGACGAAUCUGUCGUCUACAAAGCCGCCGUUACCUGGGCAACGAAGGCAUGCAAGAAGCAGCGACUACCGGUGAACGGGGAUAAUUUGAAUAGGGUACUAGGAAAUAACAAGUUCCUAAUAAGAUUCCCCGUUCUUGAUAUCGAUUUCUUUUCUAAAAAUGUUGCCAAUCAAGGUCUACUUUCGAAGGACGAGACAAUAGCUGUCUUUCAAUACCUACAUAGUAGAACAUCACCUAAUGUUGCUAACUUCAUAACGAGGCGACGAGCAAUGACACGCGCCUAUCGAUUUGACAUCACUUCCGGUGCCUGGAACGUGGGAAAUUAUUACUGUGACGCAAUUCAGUUUCAGUGUUCCAAUCAGGUGGUACUAGAUGGCGUGGUAGUUUACAGUUGUUACGUCGGCGAGGCGUCUUAUGACGUCUCGGUGAGAGUUCUAAGCGAAAAACUUGAGCUCAUUAUCAAACAUGACGUAACCAUAGAAACCAUGUCUCAAGUGGAAACUUAUGACGUAUUGUUUCACAACGGAUUAACCCUUAAACCAAUGACGUGGUACACAAUAGCACUGUACAUGGACGGGCCUCAGACUAAACGAGGAGUUUGUGGGAAAUCGAUGGUUUAUUGCGAAAAAGUGCAGUUUUUCUUUAAGACGAGUAUUGUGGCACAAAACUGUACCACAGAACGCGAGGGCCAGAUACCCGGCAUUAUAUUUCACUAAACAACUUUUUUUUUAUCCUCCAUAAUGAUGCAAUGACAUGUGCAUGGACAAUGCCAGCAGCCCAGUCUGAUCUUAUACCACAUGGGCAAAUGGUCAAAUGUUGUUGUUGUUGUUGUUUUUAUAUAAAUUACUUUAAACUGUUUUUUGUCAUAUGGAAUGUAAGUAUUAUAUUAUACAUCGGAAAGGACAACCCAGUAUCAAACAUUCCCUUAUAACCUGUUCGAGGUACACCUCACGUAACAAAAAUGCAAUAAAGUGGUGUCAGUUUU